CUGAUUCCGCGUGAACUUUUUCACAAGUCACAGCGAUUACGUAACAGUGUCAAAAGUGAAAUCACUAAACACGAUAGGGAUUAUGAAAAUAACUAGACAGUGUUUGUUUUGCCGCGAUGUUUUCAAAUGUGAAACAGUCAGUCAACGUGUAACAGUAAACAGAAAAAAUGAAUGUUACGAGUAAACAAAAAGAGAUGUUAUUAACAUUAUUGAAGGCUAAUCCAGAAUUGGUAAGAGGACGCAUGAAUAGAAAAAGCGAAAGUCGCCGAAAACUUGCGGAAGGUUGGGAUGAAAUCGCUAAUAAUAUUAACGCGCAUGCAGUAGGACCUAAAAAAAAUGGGAAAGAAUGGGCAAAGACAUGGAAAGAUAUUAAAUCAUAUAUAUUAAAAAAAGAAGCGAAAAGGCGUAAUUAUAUGCAAGGAACUGGAGGCGGUCCUAGUAUUAAUAUAUCUUUCACAAAUUUUGAAGAAGAAGUUAUAGAAUUCUUAACACCUGAGGCAGCUGGACUAGAAGGUAUUCCUGAAGGUGGUAUCAAUUUAACAUUAAAUGAAAAGGAUCAAGAAGUAGAAGAAAUAAAUGUGCAAACAGUUGAAGAGAAUACAGAGAUAGAUAUGGAAAUAAAUGAAAAUGCAGAAAAUAUAUCAACAAACAUAUCUAUACCUGAACAAAACAUGUGUGAGCAAAGACAAAAACAAAACUCAUUUCUAAAAAGAUUUGAUGCUAGAAAAGGAAUCUCAAUGCAUCAGCUAUCCUGUGAUAUGUUACAAAUACAAUAAAAAAAGUAUCAACUAAAAAAAAAACAAUUAAAGCUUAUGAAGAAAACUUUAAGCA